AUGGUUGGUCCACUUCCUGCUCCUGUCUUGCCAUAUUGCUCCACUAACUUUAUCGAUGAUACAAACUUUCAGGCAAAUGUGCGUGAGAUACAGCGCUUUCUUUUAGGCACGCGAGUGGCCAAUCCUGUUGAAGGACGUACGGGAGAGAUAAAAGCCUUUGAUGCCGACUCAGGACUCUACACUCUCGUUUACAAUGAUAAUCACCGUGACGUAUUAACUGCCAGUGAAACAGAGAAAUAUAUUAUUUGGAAGUCAGCGGCUGAGUUGGCGAAGGAGGAAGAAUUGCGACAGAAAGAAAAAGAAUCAGACCCAAAUCAGUAUCUAGGCGUUUCAAUUACUAAAAGCUCCACUAGUUACGAGGGAAAGACACUAACAAGCUCUGGUCAAGUGACGCAAUACUUUCCAGAUAUAAAGAGAUUUCGAGUACUUUUCUCCGACGGUUUGUAUUCCGACAUGACUGUAGAGGAGGUGAAACAGAACAUUGAGGAUAACGAUUCGGAAAAAAACAUAGAGCAAAAAAGAUUGAAGAAUUCUGAUGUGAUGAAACAAUCGGAAGAAAGAAAUGAGAGCAAUCAACAUUACAAUGAAGAGGAGAGACCAUUGAAUACGCAGAAGUUUGACAGUAGAAAGACAGCGUAUACUAUUUGUCGGGAAGUGCUGAGAAUUAUUGUGAAUCAGAACAAAGUGGCGAAGUAUUGCACUGAAAAGCACAAGGUCGUUUUGAACAAUAAAGAUCUUCAGCCAAAAAGAGCACUGGAAGCAUUUGUCGAAGCAGAUGGUCUGUCUGCACUUGAGAAAAUGUUGGUGUAUUGGUUUCGUCUCGAUAAUACUCGAUCUGCUGCUUUGCUUGUCAUGAAGCUGCUUGCAGUUUUGCCUGGUGUGAAAGAGGAACAUUUGCGUAGGACGAAUAUUGCUCGUACAUUGAGAGAUAUUGAAAAGAUUAGCCAUUCAAUGAGCCAUAUUGAGAUUGUUUACGGAGACUUAGCUCAUUGGAUUAUAAAGAAAUGGAUAAGAACGGCCAUGAGACGUUCUUUCAAUCGCUCAGCACGUGAUUUGCUUCUUGAAAGGCAGGCGCAAAUUAGUCGAGCGGCUACUAGUGGACAAGUUCACGUGGCCUCGGCUUUCACAACGAAAACAACACCACAGCAGAAAGAGACGGCGAGAUUGGAAGCCUUGCGCACGGAAACUGAUACAUCCUUAGAGGCACAACUAGAUCCGGGUGAGGAAGUUGUGGUGUAUCUCCCGCAGUUCAAUUCGCUAGGAUCGGAGAAUUCACGCCGCCCCAUCCGUCAGACUCAAGUGAUCGAGUCACUGGCCGCAAAAAUCAAUCGUGACUACGAAGAUUCUUUGAAGAGGCACAAUGAAGGAGAGGAGUUAGAAAACGUUGAUGGGGUGACUCAAGGACGAAUCGUCUUUGGAAAGCCUCAGUUGAUGCAGUUUCAACAACACGUACCUGUCAUUGAUUUAUUCGCUACUGCUCGCAGCAAAAGUGCGGGUAACAAUGGAGUCUUGGCAGAUGGCUCUUUCCCUUUCAAUACUUCCGUUAAUGACAGUUCUGGAGCCAAAUCGUUACCUCUACCGAACAAGACAACGAAGCCAAAGAAACCUAUCCUGAAAUUGAAGGAUGAAGUAAUCACUCCAGCAUCCAAAGUCAUCUGGUGA